AUGCGGAAUUUCUGGGCACUUCCGGCUGUCUUGCGCAUUGCGCUCGCAAGCCAACACGCUUUCAGUGUGUUUGAUGACCUUCUGGCGUUCCCUCAGUAUGAAGUGACAUGGCCCGACACAUAUGUCACCGAGGACGACGCAACAUCGCUCCUAUCGCCACAUGCAUCGCCCAGCUCGAGCUCCGCGAUACCAAGUUCCCAGGAGACGCAGGAGCUAUCAAAGCGUGAAAAAGGCGCGCAAAUACCACCUGCCGAGGAUGCCCUCGAGUAUACGUACGAAGCCGUUGUACUGCAGGGCCAGCGCUAUCUAUGCAGCAUCCCGACAAUACCCGAGGAAGUCCCACUGAACAGUACGACAAGCGCUGAGGAAGCAAAGGCCGAAGAAGAGAAGGAGCUGGUGCGCGCCACAGACCGUGGCUGGGAGCUGCUCGAGGGGAUGAAGGGCAGCUGCAUAUACUAUCUGAGCGGAUGGUGGAGCUACAGCUUCUGCUACAAGAAGGAAGUUAAGCAGUUUCACCAACUACCGCCGAGUCGGGGUGUGUCUCUCUAUCCACCAGUCGAGGACACUUCGGUGCACAGCUUUGUCCUGGGCAGAUACCAGAAGGAGAAGGAGACUAAGAAGGAUGCGCGGAAGACUCUGGGCAGUGAACAGGGCAGCAAAGAGACAUUCGACGACGAGGGCAAUGUGAAGGAUGAGUCGGAGAGUGCGCUGGACCUGCCGAGACUGGAGAGCAAGGGAUCGAGCAGAUACAUGGUGCAACGGUUGAAUGGAGGCACCGAGUGCGAUUUGACAGGCAGACCGCGAAAGAUCGAUGUGCAGUUCCACUGCAACCCCCACUCCGCCGACCGGAUCGCCAUGAUCAAAGAGACCAGCACAUGCUCCUACCUCAUGAUAGUUGAGACCCCACGCCUCUGCCACGAUGUGGCUUUCUCCCCACCUCAAGACAACCUCGCUCAUGCCAUAACCUGCCAGCCCGUCAUCCCCGACUCGGAAGUCGAGGACUGGAGAAUAGCAUCGGCAGCCAGACUGGCGGCUAAGAUCACAGAAGCUGAGCGCCUCAUUGCCGAACACGAUGACGCGAACUCCAAUCCUCUUCGCGAAGUCACUGAAGGACUCGAAGGCUCUUCCAAGCGCGGCCCCAUUAUUGGAGGCAUCGAAGUCGGCGCCCGAGCGCUCGUCGGCAGCGAAGGCAAGGUCAUCGAGAAGAGCGUCGUCGUGGGCGGCGGUAAAGAGGUCUUCGUUGCUACUGUAGCAAGCAGCGACGGCAAGCAAAUGUCCAAAGAGGACAUGAAGAAGUACAACAUCGCAGACCCAAAAGACGUCGAGAAGUUCAAGACCAACUUGAAGAAGCUGGCAGGACGAAAGGGUUGGAAGCUAGAUCUCGUCGACACACCAAAGGGGCGAGAGUUCAGGGGCAUCAUCGAAGCGGAUGAUGCGGAAGAAGGACAGAAAGAAGUCAAAAAGGAGAAGGACAGAGAAGAAAAGGGGAGAGAAGAGAAGGGCGGCAUGGGUACUGACAAGAAACAAGCACCGAAGCCGGCGGCGGACGAAGACGAAGAUGAAGAUGAAGAUGACGAGCCCCAAGAAGGCAGUGAGGAAGUAUACAAAGACGAGCUCUGA